GAGAAUCAGUUUCAGAACUGCGUUACAGAAAAAUGAGAACUAGAUUUCUAAACACAGACUACUUCUCUUCUCCAAACGAAGAAACCCUAACGUUUCUGAAUCUUCCAAUCCCUAAUCUCCUUCCUUCUCUGCAUCUCCCUAACUUAAACGCACUAAUAUUCUCCUCUCUCGAUCCCUACUCAAACAUCUCCAUUGAAAUCGACAGAUUUCCGAUCGAUGCAGCUCUAUCUAAGUUUAUUUCUCACGUAACACCUCGGAAAAUCGACGUUGAUGAUCUACAUUUUGAGGAUCGCACCUCGCGCAUUUACUCUGUGUCCGAGAAAGAGGAAGAGACUGCUACUGCUGCUGUAGAUACUGAGCUUGCACAUGGAUCUGAAGUCAUUUUGCAAUUUGAAGAGCCUGAGCUUGAUGCAUUGGCGGAAAAUUUGCUCCUUCCUGAGGAGCACUUGGAAAAUCUCUCAGAAGCUCCGGAGAUUGAGAUUGAUCCAGAUUUUCUUAGGCCAGGAAUUAAGAUGCAGAACUCUGACAAAGUUCAACAAUACGUUUAUUCAGUUGAAGAUGUUACUUUAGACUAUGACAUGAUUAAACAGGCUUCUGUUUUAGAUGAUGAUUCUGGUCAAGAGAAAAUGAACUUCCAUCAUAUCUCCUUUCCUCUUCUCGAAGUGGAUGAGAUAAAUCUGAGAAAUCUGGAAGACCUAUCUAUGGAAGAUGAACUUUCGUCAUUCUCUGAUAAUAUUAAUUUCCAAUGGACUCAGAAUGAUAACCCGCUAAGUGAUGGGGCAGAGCUAUUGGAUUCUAUGCGCUAUGAUGUUCUUGAGUUCCUUUCAGAUCAUUGUCUAUCAAAAAUUGUUCUUGAAUCUGAGCCUGCGUCCAUGGACAUAGUUUUGGCAGUGGACAUUAUAGGCAUGAUUGACAAUGUAGAAUCAGCAUAUUGUUCUCUGCCGGUGAAUCCACCUGUUUUCCAGGAAUAUGAAUUCUUUGAAAUGGACUCGUCUCAAGCUUGUGAAGUCUUCUUUGAGAAGCAAAAAUCUGAUGUACCAGAAACAUGGGAUUGGAUUUUCUGCAAAGACAAGAAUUUUAAGGAUUUCAAUGAAUUAAUUGUUAGUUCUGAGCUAGCUCUGGUGGAUGAGAUAUUUAAAACAAUGCCUACACCUAUUCUAUCUAAUGGUGACAAAGUAAAACCAUUGUAUUCCUUUAUCGAGAAAAUACUAGACAAAGUAAAGCCAGAAUCCUUUUCUCUAGUUGAUGGGAUUUACCUGGAUUGGCACCUAUUAGAAGAAGAUAAAUGCAACAGUGGGACGUUCUGCUACUGGAAUGUGUUGAAGUUGGAUUUACACAAAACUGAUUUUGACUGGGAUUGUUUUGACGAGAGAAAGGAGGUGAUAGAUCUAGCUUUAUCUGAUUGUGAUUUGGAUGAUCCAAAAAUUAUGGAGCCUGAGGAAUCACUGAAUAUGUUUUCUGAAGUCAAUUCCAGUGUUAAACAGAUGGGAGUUGAGUCAAGUAAGUUGUCAGAUGAUAAAUGCUCAAAAUCAGAAAAUGCGAAGCCCUUAGCUAAGGAAAAUGCUGAGAAGGCAACACUGUUAUUCAAAUCUAUGUCACAAUUCAAUGAUCUGGAUUUUUUCUUGAAUCAUGGGAAAGCCACUGGUGGAGGAAAAAGUGAAUCUGUAAUCACAGCGCUAGGUCCUAGUACUACAUUUCCCAAGGAAAGUGAGUCUCGUUCUAUUUUAGCUGCAGAUGAUAACGUGGAUGACCACAGAAUGGAGAAGGUGUUACAUUUUUCACCUAUGAAGGAUGAUCAUAGCUUGAGAAGUUUAGAAGCUGCAGAUAGAGUAGAAGCUUGCGGCUUGCCUGUGGCAGAUCCUAAUGUGCCCAAUCAGAUGAAAUCAGAGCCAAGUCAAGGGUGCUUGAUGUCUUCCCCUGAGAUAGUAAUUGUUGUGAAUACACAAAAUUUUGACAAGGAAAUGAUAGUAUCUAGAAGAAGCACAUACCAAAAAAUCCUUGCAAUGGAGAAAGAGGGAUUACAAGUUGUAGAACGUGACUUAGAUCUGCCUGUGGAUGUUGUUAUUAUUUCUGCUAUUUGCUUGGUGUGGUACGAUUGCAGAAACAUUAGAAAGAAGGCAACUGCUGCAGAUGAAGCUUCUUCUUCCUUGCCAAUAUGCAUUGACAAUAUAGCUACAAAUGUUCUCACAUUGCUAAGUUGCGCGUUCAGCUGCUGUGUUCUGGUAUUUGAGGGAGAUACUAACUUCCUUUCUACUGUAAUGGAAUCCUCAGAUGGACUCUAUGCAGCAGCUGCAAGCCUGGGAAUUGAUUUACAGCUUUUCUGUUCCUAUUCGUCUGAGCUGACUGAUGAAAUUAUAUUAAGUAAUAUCUGUUAUGCCGCUAAGCUGUAUCAGGGUGCCUGUCCUAAAAUGCCCGAAUCAGAAACCCUAGCAGAAUCAUUCCUUACGAAAUUUCCUUCAAUUAAUCCGUUGACAGCUCAUGCUAUACUGUCUUCAGAAGGCUUGCUCAUCGAGUUUCUAGGGUGGUCAAAUGAACGCAGGAUCCUCGCAGUUCAGCAGCAUUAUGUUUCUGAAGAAAGCAUUGCUCUGUUUAGUGCUUUGUGCAGCUAUGGUGAACGUGAGGAUUCUAAAUCUAUUAUGACCGACUGCUCCUCCUCUGUCUCUUCGGGUCCUGACUCAAAUAAGGAUAAUUUUAAUGUUGUUUCUGAAAUAAGACAAAGAAAAUGCAUGCGUAGCCCACAAAAAGUUGACAUGUGUGUGGCCGACAUGUGGCAGCCUGAGCCCUUAAAUCAGUUCCUUGAUGAUACACGCCUUCCUGCAGUGUCAGGGCUAGAUAACUGUUGGAUCUCAAGGGAGAGUGAAAUUUUAAACGAAUUUCAAUGGCCAGAGCUAUCUUUGAACGAUUUGUCUGGUCACAAACAGGGAUCUGGAACUGCUCAGAUGGUGGAUUCUUCUCCUAUCUCCAAGCAUUAUGAUUGUCAGAAAUCCAAAGGUCCUCUGAUAUUAGAUGAAAUUAAAAUGUCACGAUCUUAUUUGAAUGAUAACUUGUCGGAUGAAAAUUACUGGGCGGAAAUGACAACUAAGAAGAAGUUGGACUGGAGUAACACAAGAACAUCUAAUGUUCUGCAUGAAGAUGUUUUAGGUGAAGUUAUUGACCUUACCGAUUAUCUGGGUAAGGACGUUCCUUCAAUCACUAACUCCAUUUAUUUUUCAACUUGGCCACCAGAUAGAGAAGAGGACUCUAGAAAGUCUAAGGCUCCCAGAAGAUUGUCAUUUGAUAAAAAUUGUGGCCCCACGUUUCCUACUGCUGCUGCAAUCAACUCCAGGUCAGAUUUACUGUAUUCGGAAAUGGAUCAUUUACAAAGCUCGCAGCAAAAUAAUGAAUACCCUGAUUGUGGCAUGCCUUUAAAACAUCCAAAAGAGCUAUUAGAGGACAUUUUAGCGCAAGGAUCUACAAGAAAUGCCAAAGCAUCACCAUUCAAGGAGGAGAUUUCACAUUUUGGAGGAACACCAUUGUCUAAAGCAAUUCAUUCUACAUAUCCACAAGCAGGUUCACCCUGGACAUUAGAGUUUCUCAAUAGAAUUCGGGAAAAGAGUAGACAGCGGCAGCAGUCCCUCCCAUGUGAUUCACCAACUCCUGAUUUUGGCUUUACGGGUAGCAUUCCAAAAGUUGUGAAGAGAAGAAGUCCAUCAAUUCUUGAGUUUUUCAAGUACAAAGGGGGAAGUAAUCGUGGGAAAGCACCGGAACAAAAGAAGCAGAAGCAGUCAAGACAAUUGUCAAGCGCAUCCAAGAGCGCUAGAGCUCAAGCCUCUUUUGUUCCAGCAUCGACACCAAUUGAUAAGAGAUCAAGACAGACCUUAUCAUUUGCAUUGAAUGAAAAUGGAAGUCAGACUAGGCUUGUGUGGAGUGAUGGAAGUGCACACCGUCUUAAUAAAAAGUUCCGUCAUCAAUGAUUGAAGGUCAAGAAGUAAUAUGAACAUAACUUCAAGGAUUCCUGUUUUUGGCUGCUUGAAAAGCUUCACUGUUACAAAAAGAGGUUUCUCCCAUAAACAGGUUCCUUCCUGAACUGGAACUUUCUCCAGUUUGAAUGUUGUUUUUCCGACAUCCUCUGGCACCAAGGAUAUAAUCAACGCGGGUUUCUUUAAUCGUGGCACCUGAAGCAGAGAUUCAAAACAAGGUAAGUGCUUUCUUGCUCGUAAAUUUAUGAAUUGCUUGAUCAAACUGCACACAUUGUUCACCUUCUUAUCUACAUAUAUAGCAAUGCAACUAGAAUCCAAACAAAGCAUAAAUCCAUAUAGAAUAGAGUGACUAGGAACAUUUACACAUUGUUAUAUUGAUACCUGAGUUGCCUGAAACUGCAACUUGAAUACAGCUUUGAUCUUUUUAUUGUCGUUCCUCCAAGAUUUAAACAUGGUUUUUGGAUUUACUCUGGGUUCUCAGAGAAUCUUCAUUAAAAGUCUCACUUCUCCUUAGGAUACUCCAAACUUGGACUUCUUUGUGACAAUUUCUUUUUGUUAUUUGUAAUUUGGACGACAAAAAACUGUGAUUUCUUCUCAACUAGGAAAAGACAAUCUAAAAGCCGCAAGAAAGCUGCAUCUGUGGGUUUUUUUCUGGUUUAUCUUUGUAAAAUAAACCAAGUUGGGUAGGGUACAGUUCAAAUCCAGAUACAAAUUGAAACCGUUAUAGAAUAAAAAAUUAAAGAAACUUCUCUGUACUGGAUCAAGCAAACCAUGUGACAUACAUUAUUGUAAAGAACCUUAUAGCUGUACAAUUCUUUAGUUUUCUUUUUAAUGCAGUAAAGCACGAGGUGCUGAGUUUUAAAUGA